ACACCUCUGCACAUUGCGGCCAAAAAUGGUAACUACGAAUUUGCCGAGUUUCUUAUCAGCAGAGGUGCUAAAGUUAAUUCAAAAGACGAUGCUGGAAGAACUUGCUUACACUAUGCAGCUUUGAGUAAUAGUAUUUCUAUAACGGAACUUAUAAUUCGAAAGGGAGCAGAUAUCGAAGAUCGUGACACUGGAGGCCAUACACCGUUACAUUUAGCUGUUAAAAAAGGAUGUACACAAGUUAUUAAGAAACUAUUUGAAUUAGGCGCCGAUAUUACGGCUACAGACUCUGAUGGUCGGCACUGCGUUCAUUACAUAGCUGAGCAAACUGAUAUUAGCACCAUACAGGCCGUCUUAGAAGUAAGCUUACUAUGCCGAUCUUGA